AUGGACUUUGUGCUUUUGGCUCGUGAGCCACCAGCGCUCGAGAAGGAAGAAUCUGCAGCGCUUUGUUUUUCUUGCACUUCCAUGUCCUUCAUGUUAUUGGGCAAAGGUUGCGAGUGGCCGAGUGGCAACUGCUCACGAUUCGAACGGGUGGACCACCGGCUCCAGCUCAUUGUCAUGACGCGAUGGUUGGAGAUCACGGUGAAAGAAGCAGUCGGUUUGGCCGGUGAUGGUCGACACUGCGUGGAAUUCUGGCUCGAUGGGCAUUCUCCAGAGCGCACGGAAUGGGUGGAUGGAGAUGAAGGACAAAACAAGAACUUUGCGGCGGACGAGUUGCCCACGCGGUGUGCCAAGAGGACCAUCGUUUUGAGAAAAGACUAUGAUUACGAGCUAGCGUCCUUGCAUGUGAUCGCCUAUCAUCAGAGGACUUGGAAUGAUAAGAAGGUUGGGGAAGCGCACAUGCCUUUCUCUGACCUCUAUCAUGGUAUUGAUGAAUGGCUGCCCCUAGAGCUGGAUUCCAAGUAUGUGGGCAAGAUAUACUUCCAGGCACGCUUGAAGAAGAUGAAAUCCAAAGUGAAGAAGAGCGAAAAGCCAAAGCCUCCAGUACAGUGGCGAUCUCCCUCCAGCUAUCCUCAGCUGCAUCCUGGACUGGAAGGGCACCUCUACAGUCGAUCAAGCAGAAUGGGAGUGGCUAGAUGGCGACAUCCGGAGAUAGUGGUGGGCACCAGGCCAUGGUACGAGGCCAACGGCAUGAGCUUCAAGCGACAUGCCUUGGAUGCUAAGAGACAUGACUGGAUGCCGCAUGCUCAAGGGGCUGUCCACUCGAACAUCUCCGGCACUGGAGCCAUUCCGACGAUCGCUGAGAUCCACCGAGCUCCAAUGCGAUUCGCCCUGCCACGCCCUCCGUGCCCGUGGCGGCGAGGGCGAGGAGAACGACUCGCCGCUUCGCGCGUGACACCGGAGCGCUUCGCGCGGGAGAAGGCCGAGCUUCUGAGCCGAAGAGACAAGUCGUCCAAGGGAGACUGGGAUGCUCGGAAGCUCGGAGCACGGGAAGGUGGAUUCUUUGCGGGCGGGGGCGGCGGGAUUGUACCCUUGCUGAACGUCAUCAACAGCCAUGAGGAGUAUUGCAGUUUGAGCUCCUGCAGUGGGCGAGCCUUCCUUUGGCGACCUGAUGAGGAGGGUUUGGUGCCCAAGAAGCCGCGAGUCUCGGAAAGCUGGCGAUUUCACAUUUGCCACGCCUUUGAGGACUGGGACCCCGAGAGUGCAUUGGUGGGCAUGGAAGAAACAAUUUGGGCGCGUUUUGAGCCCUUGGUGCUUCACGUGGCCUGCCGUAGCUUGCCCGAAGCCUGCCAGUUGGUGGCCCAAGCACAGCUAGCCUUCCCGAAGAGUUCCUUGUUGUCCUUCCGGAAGCGUUUCGUUGUGCAGAUCUUGGGGGAAGAUUACGUGGAGCCUUGGCCAUUUUCGCGGGAGGUAGACAAAGUUUUUCUCUUCAAAGAGCAUGUCAUUCUGUGGCAGCGACAAGCUUUGGCGGAAUCGCGUGAUUGCCAUCUUGCCACCGCCCCAAUCAUUUUGCAAUAUCAGUGCUUCACUCCAUCGGUGAGAGUCUUGACUGAAGAACUGUUUUUUCGGGAGCUUGGCAACGAGGGUGAUUUGUCUUUGGAAUUGCUGUGUGAGAGGUUGGGUUCGCGCCUGGCAGAUGUGUUGGAGAGAUGCGGUUGGGUUAUUCCUGUUCUUUGGGUACCAAAACCCAUCAUGCUCCUCUUAGUGCAAGGUAAGUGGAAAGCUUUGGUUCUCCAUAUGAUGAACUCUGUUCUAAAUAGAGAUGCUCCACUUUUCCAGAGACAUUGUUUGAAUUGGCUGCGAGAUUUGAUGCAGUAUCCAUCCAACGGUUGCUUCAGUUGUUUGUGGGGAAACCGUUUUCAGCAAUACCGCUCGCCAAACCACCCGCUGACUAGUGCUUGUGCUUUGUUUGCGAUGCAACAGCUCCGGGCCCAUUCCUCUGCAAUCAUUGCGGACGGCGGGCCGAGUUCCCAGAGCAGGCUGGAAGAGACUCUUGAAGGCUUGGAAAUUUUCACACAAAGCUUAGUUGAAAACCGGCAGGCUGGCAGCCACGUAACCGGACGUAAAGCUGUCGCCUCUCGCAUUUUUGAUGACAUUCGCGCUGCUCACCUUUUGAGAAACCGUGGCCACUUCAAGGCCAUGAAGACUGCAAUGAUGCGAAGCCUGAUGCCUCAUCAGCUGCAGAGCCUGGCGAAAGCCAUGAUGUAUGACCCAUUGUCGGUGUACAUGGAUUGCACCUUUGCAGUUCUGUUUCGGGAUGUGCUGGACAGCAACUUUGGCCCAGUCUAUUUGUGGUGCGACUCAUCCCCGCAAGCUGGGGUUGAUUGGCUACUGAGCAUCAUUGAUUACAUUGCCGAAGACCACCUGGAGGAGUGCCAUCAGAAGUAUCAAGCCCUUUAUCGAUCCACAAGUCUGAUUCAGCAAUCCGUUGAGGAUGUGAAUUUACUUGCCGAGAUUGCGGUUAACCGUGCAGAUGCAAUCAAAUUCCUCAGGCAGAAACUGCACAGACAUAGGCAAAUGCCCAUGGGCUUAGGCUCGGGGGCCAGCAAAUUAGAGAAAAAGUGCCAGGCGCUUGCCAUGAAGUUGGCGCAUGAGACUCAUUCAUUCCAAGCUUUGCGACGGGUGGCCAAACAAAUAGUGUCUGUCACAGUUGACAUGGGUGUGGAGUCAGGCGUUGCGGACGCCCAAGGGGGGGAUGUGGUGUCAUACUUGCCGCCGUGGAUGGCUGCCCAAGAUUGUUUGCAAGAGGACGCCGGCUUGGAUGCAGUUGAGGUUUCUUCAGACCGUUUAUUUCCAAGGUCAUUGCUUGCUGCAGGCCUAGACCACAUUUCAAACAACUUACUCAGCGACAUGGACCAGCACUUGCAAUGUUGGGAUGGUUGGCUUCCAGGGUUUAAAGCUCUGGCGCACCUUUUGAGCCACAAGCAUCUGUUGAGCAGACUAGUUGGUCGAUGCAUUCUGGGGACUCCACAUCAAGCUUUAGCCAGGAUGUUUGAAACCUGCAUAGAGCCCAUUGCCAAGUGGCGGUGGGGAACCAUUGUGAAGACUUUGCCUUCAGUACUGAGACUGGAACGAGGUUUGCGGAUUGUUUGGGAUGAGCAAAAAUUCCUUGCUAGAGGUGAAACCAUGCAAAGUCAAGGUCAGGAUGACUCUUUUGAUUGCAGCCUUAUCACCAAGACCAUCCAAGACAACAGCUGGUGGGCCAUGAGCCAUAUGCUUUUGCAUUUGCAUUCCAUCGGUAAUCUUGCUAGCGCUUGGGGAAGCAGUUGUCCUUGUCAUGAAUGGAUCACCGCGAAGCCUGAGUCACAGCAUUUUGCUAUGAGUGAAGCUUUGCAUCGCACGCUGGAAACUUUGCGCCUGGAGAAAGGCUUGGACGGUGCGAACGUGGAUUGUCCAUUGAAAGGCAAACGGGCUCCAGAGCUAGCAGCUGGGAUGUUGAUGCCGCGCAUCAAUGAACUUGUAGAGCAUUGCACGAGCGACGUGCUGCUUGCUUGCUCAUCGGUUUCUGCCGAACAACGGGAGAAGGUUGUCAAUGAUUUCACCUUGGGGGUUGACUACAUACGCAUGACCCUCGACGUCAAACUUGGGCAUUGGGCAACCUUGCCUUGGCUCCUUGCCGCCUUGUCGCUACCAGAGCCGAGUGUUCAACACAAAGCCAUAGCGCAGAGAGCAAUUGAGGAGUUUGACAAAUUACCUGCGAUACCCAUUCACCAUCAUCAGUUGACUUGGCAGAUUUUGAACCCGAGUUCUACAUUGCGAAGCCAGCUUGAAGCGGUAGCGCAGGGUGCUUUGUUGGCAAGCCUGCCAGGGCUUGCGUCAGAAGUGGCUCGUCUCUCUUUUGUGCCGGUAGUGGAACGGAUUGUCGAGGGAGCGCACAGCUUGGUCCACAGACACACUGGGUACAGAAAAAUUUCUGGUGCAUAUGUAUCUUGCUCGCACAGACUCCCUGAGAUGGAGGCCAUCCUUGACACAGAUGACGGUCUGGAAAACUUUUGCGCAGCGUUUGAGCAGUUGCGGAAGCCACGGCAGCUAGCCAAAAAGUUCAGGCUUCAAGACCACCCUCUAUGGCUGGAACUGACAAGUAAGCCGCCCAAGCAGCAAUCCGGAGUGCAGAAGCUUCUCAAGUCAAUUGUAUAUUCCACAGAUGCUCAUACAAUGUAUGUUGAUCAUGCAAUGUCACGGAAGCAGCAUGACAAACGCCAAUGUGCAGCCAUCAAAGCAAAACUUGCAGUGAACCCCAAGCCCAAGAUUGCGUUGACGCAAGAUUCAGUCAUGCAACAUGCCCUGAUCCAACACGUCCAAGAGAUGUUGAUCCCCGGAGA